UUAAUUUCCAAACAGAGUGGAAAAAAGAAAAAGGAAUGAGAGGAGGAGGUUUAGGAGGGCCGCUUCUUUGCAUUGGCGAUCUGCUGAGUGACGUCGGAGAAGAACAACAACAACAAGACACCACCCCCGCUGAUAUCAUCGCUUCCGUUGACGUCAUCGUCCAACCUUCGGAUCUCCCUUUACUUUUUCAGGAAAGUUACAAACGCUUGGAUGAGGCACUUGAUGGUACAUCCCAUUCGUGGACAACUCAUACGCUUGAGCUAUGUUCGGCCCUAGAAACCGCAAACAAAUUGAUUCAGUCCAGCAGCUCUUAUGUUAUGGAUCUCUCACAUAAGAUUCAAAAGCUCGAGAGCAUCACAAAAAAGGGUAAUCUGGUCGUAAAAGAAGCUGAAUCCAUACACAUUUCAACAAAAGCCGAGGGACAUGAAAGUUCAGAUAAAUGAUUAAUGUUCAUUUUAGUGAAAUAGUUUCAUUACUGGAGAAGAACAUAUGUAGCUUCAGGGACCUGAGUAUGUUCAAAAACGGUUUACUGUAGAAAAAGUUAGAAACACAAAACCCUCGUAUACUGUUAUUGGCAUAGGAGGCAGAAUGGAUCAUUUUUGUUAAUAUUUUUUUCUCCUUUAAUAGGUCGAAUUUGUUAGACAAAAAGGAAAUUUGUGGUACGGCUAAGCUUGUUAGUAAUCAAUCAGUGUUGUUUAAAGGUU